ACCAUGUAUGACGGUGACAUACGUCAAGAGUCAUUCAUACAGCUCUUGCAGAUGCCAAGAAUUUGACAUUUAAAUUUUGCUUUCAAUAUUUAUAUUCAUGCGGUCAUAGUCUAUAAUGCAUCCCUGUUUCAGCUGUGCAAAUCUGUUGCUCUCACUUAAAUAUAAUGACAUCAUGGUGAAAGCAUUUGUUGUUUUUUGGAAAAGCUGAGGAGCUGGGCGGAUGUUAUCAACUGUGAGUCACUGAUUUGCACAUUUCGUGAAGUGCUCCACAGAAAGAAUACACUGACUUGAUUUGAAACAAAUCAUGAAUGACCAAUUGCUACCUAAUUCAGAAGACGGACUGUGAGUGGAUUGAAGAACCAACCUUCACUUUCAACGAUGGCAACUUUGCUUCAUGUGUCGGUGAUGACAUGUCUCCUGUCAGUGGUCCUCUCCCAGUCCAUUUAUUCCUCACCCAAGAAAGGAGGCAACAUCACUAUCCACUCCUCCAAUCUGGUUUGUAGCCUGCCUGGUCCGGCGGGGCCUGCGGGGAAUCCAGGAGCUCCGGGGUCACCUGGGGUAAUUGGGCCAAUGGGGACGCCUGGGAAGGAUGGUCCAGAUGGGCAGGAUGGAGACAAGGGAGAAAAGGGAGAUGGAGGUGAUCAAGGUAGGCUCGGAAAUCCAGGCAAACCGGGAUUAAAAGGUCGCGUGGGCCUCAUUGGCAAGGCGGGACCUCGGGGACUAAAGGGCCAGCGGGGGUCGCCGGGGCAAGCUGGAGAAAGGGGGCAGAAAGGAGACGAAGGGGACCUAGGUCAGAGAGGAGAACCGGGAGGCUGCAAUUGCGGCACCGCCGCCCGCUCAGCUUUCUCGGUGGCCGUGUCAAAGAGUUACCCCAAAGAACGCACGCCUAUCCGCUUCAGCCGCAUCUUGCUCAAUGAGGGCAACCACUACAAUGCAAGCAGUGGGAAGUUUGUGUGCGCCAUCCCUGGGGUGUAUUACUUCACCUAUGACAUCACGGUGGCUAACAAGCACUUAGCCAUCGGACUGGUGCACAACGGACAGUACAAGAUUAAGACGUUUGACGCAAACACGGGGAACCAUGACGUGGCAUCCGGUUCCACUGUCCUCCAUCUGCAGCAUCUAGAUCAGGUCUGGUUGCAGAUCUUCUACUCAGAGCAGAAUGGACUCUUCUUUGACCCUUUCUGGACUGACAGCACCUUCACAGGCUUCCUCAUCUAUGCUGAUCAGACUGAUACGUGAGCUAAUUUACAUUGUAACACUUGAUAUUUCUUUUCUCCUGUUUUGUUAAAUUAAUUUAAUUUUUUAAUCACAAGGUGCUGUAGCGAGAUCCAAUAUUUAAAUCAGUAAUAUCAAAAGUCGCAGUUGCAUUAAAAAAAAAAAUCAUUGGUUAGCCACAAAUUCAAAACUAAAAUUUAAAAUGUAAAGGUCCACAUAUUUUGUAACUAUUUUAA